UUAUUUUAAGAAAACCCAUAUUCAAAUGUCUUCUCAGUGUUGCCGUUAAAGGGAGGAAAAUAGGCGAAGGGCGAAUGAUUUCUCUUCUACUCUGUUCUUCAAUGUCAGCCAUCGUGUAUUCUAAGUCAGAUCCGAAAUACAGACGCAGUUAGCACUUGAAAUCGUUUGAACCUCGUCGAACAUCGGUUCAAAUCGAGACAGACGCACGUGUCCUUACUCGCUGGAAUCUCACCGGAAAAUCAAUCCGUCGGAACCAUUGUUCUUGGAAUUCAGUUGGCGAGUCCGCAAUAGACGAUUUCUUCUUUUCUUCCCGGCGCAGGUACUCUUCCCUCAACCCACACUUUCCCGUUGGUAGCUUGGACAGUAAAUCGGGCCGGUCUCGCACGCCGGAAUUUUUUUUAGCUUUAUCUCAACUUUCUGGGCUCGUGGCUGGAGUGGCUUUAAGGGUGAUCUUGUGAAGCUUUAUAGGAUUUGAAAAUGUCAAUGGCAAGCGAAUCAAGUUGGGUGGGGAGGAAGCCAGUGAAACGUAUUGGGGGAAUGUCCGAUGCUCUAUCAAUUGCUGCUGAUCUUGGUUUCUCCAUGUCCCCUCCCCCAUCCCAGGAAGGACUUCAGAAUUCAUCCCCCACAACUGGGGAAAAGGGCGAGGACUUGAUCAGGGUUUUGAGAGAACUAACUACUGUCCAAAGAAAAAUCGCAGACUUGCAAGUUGAACUUCAAGGUCGAAAGGAUGACAAAAAUGUUGCACAUUUGACUCAUGUGAGUGAAAUGGAAAAGAAGAUUGAGACAUUGGCGAGGAUUACUACUAUACUCAAAGAUGUUAUUCAGAACAAGGACCGCAUUAUAGCUCGCUUGCAGCAGCCAUAUUCCCUUGAUUGCAUUCCUGUUGAAGCAGAAUAUCAGAAACAAUUCUCUGAACUUCUGAUGAAGGCAGCUAGUGAUUAUGGUGCUUUGACAGCUUCAGUGGCAGAUUUUCAGUGGAGUCAGAAUUUCAAAGAACCUCCUUCAGUUUGGGGGGAAAUGCUUCGGCCCAUUCCUGUAGCUUUGGCAUCUUGCACUCGGUUCUUUGAAGCCAUGUCUGCCACAAGAGAGUCAUUUGCAGCACUUCAAAAACUGCGAGUGGGCCAUUUUGAUUCUCCUCUAACUAGGACACCGGCGGGUGAUCCUUCCCAAAGGGUACCGGGAGUUUCUGAUUGUUUAACCCCACCUCCAUGGAAAACUGAAUCAAAUUAUGACGACUUAGGAAUAAGAAAUCAAAGGAGGCAACACCUAGAUCAGGUGGAAGAUGUAAACAGCUAGGUAACUGAGAUCCGUCAGAAUAUUUGGACAAGCCCAAGGAUCUUGUCUUUUUCUUCCCUCAGUGAAAGAAGUAUGUUACGUAGCUAUCUAACAUACUGUACGUACCCUGUGUGAUAUAAUACUCAUUUGCUUUUGCAAAUCAAUUACUCGUCAUUGUUAUUUAAGAAUUAUAUAUUUCCCUGUC